CUGCCGUAGCUGAGUGUGGACAGGUACGAGCGCACAUCCAUUCCGCAUAGAGCGGCGCAGAACCCGAGAGAGAGAGAGGGCUGUGGAUGUCAGAGAAGAAUUCAGUCAGACCAACAGACCUCGGCGAAGUAGAAGCACUAAAAUGAAAUUGUUCCUUUCCCUGGUGGUGUGCGGGACGCUGGCGGUCCUCGCUGCGGCGGAGGAGAAGAGCUCCACCGAGGAAGGGGGAAUCUCCUUCGAGUACCACCGUUAUGAGGAGCUGAGGAAAUCGCUGGUGUCUGUGUGGCUGCAGUGCCCCUCCAUCAGCAGAAUCUACACCAUCGGCGAGAGCUUCGAGGGGAGAGAACUGCUGGUCCUGGAGAUGUCUGACAGCCCGGGUGUGCACGAACCUGGCGAGCCUGAGUUCAAGUACAUUGGGAACAUGCACGGGAACGAGGCCGUGGGUCGCGAGCUGAUCAUCAACCUGGCGCAGCACCUGUGCAACGAGUACCAGCGCGGGAACGAGACCAUCAUGGACCUGAUCCAUGGCACCCGCAUCCACCUCAUGCCCUCCAUGAACCCCGACGGCUUCGAGAAGGCCGCCUCUCAGCCGGGGGAGAUGAAGGACUGGUUCGUGGGCCGCAGCAACGCUCAGGGCAUUGACCUCAACCGGAACUUUCCGGAUCUCGACCGCAUCGUCUACAUGAACGAGCGCGAGGGCGGAGCCAACAACCACCUGCUGAAGAACAUGAAGAAGGCAGUGGACGAGAACACCAAGCUUGCCCCUGAGACCAAGGCUAUCAUCCACUGGAUCAUGGACAUUCCCUUCGUCCUUUCAGCUAACCUUCACGGCGGAGACGUUGUGGCGAACUACCCUUACGACGAGACACGCAGCGGCUCUACCCACGAGUACAGCGCUAGUCCUGAUGAUGUCACCUUUAAGAGCCUGGCCCGUGCGUACUCCAGCCUGAACCCCGUCAUGUCCGACCCCAAACGCACGCCCUGCCGCAAGAACGACGACGACAGCAGCUUCCUGGACGGCAUCACCAACGGAGGGGCGUGGUACAGCGUCCCCGGAGGAAUGCAGGACUUCAACUACCUCAGCAGCAACUGCUUCGAGAUCACUGUAGAGCUGAGCUGUGACAAAUUCCCCCCAGAGGACACCCUGAAGCAGUACUGGGACCAGAACAAGAACUCCAUGGUCAACUACAUCCAGCAGAUCCACCGCGGGGUGAAGGGCUUUGUGCGUGACCUGCAGGGGAACCCCCUCUCUAACGCCUCCAUUUCUGUGGAGGGCCUCGACCAUGACAUCACCUCUGCCAAGGACGGAGAUUACUGGCGACUCUUGGCUCCCGGGAAUUACAAAGUGUCAGCCUCAGUGCCCGGAUACCUCACUGUGAUUAAGAAAGUGGCUGUUCCCUACAGUCCUGCUAUGAGGCUGGACUUUGAUUUGGAGUCUUUGGUGGAGAGGAAGGAGGAGGAGAAGGAAGAGCUGAUGGACUGGUGGAAGAUGAUGUCUGAAACGUUGAAUUUCUAAAGGCACACAGCACACGUCCUCGUAGCAUCAGUGUGUCGGUCACCCCAGUGUAAAGAUACUGUCGUCAUAUUUGUUCAGUCUUUUUCUGUUCGAUUGAUUAUAUUAUCCGAGUUGUGAUUGGAAUUAUUGAGCUGCUUGUAUGGUUCUUUGUUAAAUUUACAAAAAAGAAUAAUAAUAAUUCUGUUUCCCACCGCACGGACAACUGCUGCGGAAUACAGCACAAGCGGUUGUCACUAAAGGCACAGACGCCAUCUUUGUUUAAUUUUCCUGUGAGAUUGUAUUAUUUCUGAUCCAUAUUAAACACUACACAAACCAUAGAUCAGCAUCGAACUGUGUACCCCCUGUGUAUAGGGCACUAUUGUGUGGAAUGUAUGUGUGAAGAAUGAUACUGGUGUUAAAGCCAUUUUAAAAUACACUUAUAUAUAAAUAUAUAAAUAUACACUUAGAAAAAAAAAACAGCAUUUCAGCGUUCUGCUCUGGACUACUUUGUUACCCAUGCAUUUCAGUGAUAAGAAAUUACAGAAUUUUGAUAUUCACAAAAACGUAGAGGAAUUGUAAAUCCAAGUGAUUAAGAAAAUAGAAGUGGGUUUGUUGCAGAUUAUUUUGUUCCUGUUGUACAUUUAAGUUAAGCAUUUGGGGAAAAAAAAGAUAAUCAUGUGUAUUAAACUAUAGUGUGUACUUGGGUUGCUGUGUUCUCUGUUUUCAACUUCUGCUUUGGUCUCCCUUUUGCAUUUCCGCUGAGGGAGAGGUUAGGUUUUUGUAUAGAAACGAGAGUUGUGUAAACUCGAGUACGACACAAGAGCAAGACUAUCACUGAAAUAGCAGCUGUCACUCAUAUACUCUAUAUUUUUGUCGCGCGAUGUGUUUAGAAAGUCUCCGUUAGUGAUGGUCAGCAUAUCCGUUUUGUCAUGACAGGAGGCAGAGAAGAUCUCAAGCACUUAGCAUGCACGCGUGUGUGCUCAUAGGCAGAUGGUCUUUUCACAAAGAAAGACCAUUACUUACUUCUGACAUAUCACUCAUCUGAAGUUUGCCGCGUCUGCCUUGCUGCAGAAUAGACAAGGUUUCAGUUACGCUGCUGUUCCUCAGAUCACAUUAACAGCACAAUGACAGCACAGGAGGAAGAGGUAUUCUGGAAUGAAAUAGUUUUUUUUUCCUCCAAUAACUGCUGACUGAAAUUUCCAUGAAUGUAAGAAGAAAUAAACUGCGCUGGAGAAAGAUCAUGAAUUUAAAGAUGAAAUAAACCCCCCUGUUUAUGUUGUCAUUCAAGUAUGGAUAUCUUUGUGAAAUAUGUGGUUUUUAUUUUAUUUUAUUUUUUAAUUACUUUUUGGUUCUGUUUCGGUUAUUGUGUUGUAAAAUUUAAGCACUGUGUACUAUUAAAUGAAACAUUAAAGUGGAUUUUAAUGCUUA